GAUUUUGUUAUCUGUUUCAGGAACACCAACCCGGAGCAAAGAUGCCAGCAGAAGCCACCGUGAAAGCGCCCAAGAAGGGCUCCAAGAAAGCCGUGACUAAGACCGCCGCCAAGAGCGGCAAGAAGAGGAGAAAGACCAGGAAGGAGAGCUACGCCAUCUACGUCUACAAAGUGCUGAAGCAAGUACAUCCCGACACCGGUAUCUCCUCCAAGGCCAUGGGCAUCAUGAACUCUUUUGUGAGCGACAUCUUUGAGCGCAUCGCCGGUGAGGCCUCCCGUCUGGCCCACUACAACAAGCGCUCCACCAUCACUUCCAGAGAGAUCCAGACCGCCGUGAGGCUGCUGCUGCCCGGGGAGCUGGCCAAGCACGCCGUGUCUGAGGGCACCAAGGCCGUCACCAAGUACACCAGCUCCAAGUAAACCAUCCCGCUGCUCUAAUCCACUAAACCAACGGCUCUUUUAAGAGCCACGCACUACUUCUUAAAGAGCAGUUUCAUUAUGUUUGGAUACAAACAAUCAUUUUUUGUUUUUCUUCUUAUUGUAACUUCCCUUGUAUGGGACUUGUGUCUAGGUUACCAUCUUCAUACUUUCUGUAACUGCCUUCUUUCACUGUGGGUCAGAGGGAAACCGCUUCUACAUUCCUCUGUAUGUACUGACACAUUGCAGAAUUUACAUUAAAAUUUACUUGCCUUGAAA